AUGGAAGAACACAAACAGAAUCGAGUCAGGAGGGUGUUCAACAGGAUGUUCUUCUACAAUUUAGUAAAAGAGGCGCGAGUAAAUGGGGAGGCAUUCGAUACGACUUACUGCCAUCACUACGCGAUUAUCAAAGUACACAGAAUGCAGUUGAUAAUGACCUUAUUUUAUUUGCCUUUGGUGGCUGGAUGCAGAACUGUUAAGUUUUUCAAGGAAGAAGGUUUUGCUCUACAAAACCACGUCAUUAAAACUGUAACUGAUUCUAAAUCAAUAUCCUGUGACUCUCAAUGCAUAGACACUCUCCUGUGUUUCUCCAUUAACAUCAGAAGAUUGACAAAUGGGUGGGUCACGUGUGAGCUCAACAAUUCCACCAAAACUGCUGACCCACAACAUUUGAUAUUAAGUCCUGGAAGUCAAUACCAUCAGAUAGUGGAAGUCGAACAUUGUACAGUGGACCAAUGCAUCUACAAAGACGCUCUUCCAGAUGACUGGUACAGACUUGGUUCCAAGCUCCUUAAAUUGUUUCACGACAGAAAAACCUGGGGACAAGCCCGACAGUUUUGUCAUUCAAUCGGUGGAGACCUUUUGUCAAUAAACCAAGAAAACGAAAAUGAAUUUGUAUCCCAGCUACUCAACCAGAUCAAGCCAAAUACAGAAGGUAAAGACGUGAUCGGCCACUGGUUUCUGGAUGGUACUGAUGUUGAUGUCAGCCUUUUCAACGGAGCGAGAUAUGAAGAAGAAAGCACCAGGGCUGGGAAAGCAUUGUACCUCGACGGACUUUAUGCCUAUGGCACAACUCCAGCCGUUAAGUUUUUGCAAAGUAGUUUUACUUUGGCCAGUUGGGUCAAAUUAGAGGAUCUUGUUAGAAGCCCGUCGACUAUUUAUGGUUAUUGGAAAGAUCCUCACCUUUUCCGUUUUACCGCCAACCUCGAAAACAAACUCCAUUUUCAGAUCAAAAGAGGGCUCCAGAACCUAAUCGAACUUUCUGCAGGAUCUCCAACAAUUGACGAAUGGUUUCUUGCUGCCGCUGUGUGGGACGAGACUAAGAAUGAGGUUUACUUAUACCUUAAUGAUAGUAAAGUGGGGAAUUCUGGUGGCCCCAGCAACUAUAACCCACCAGCUUACGACUACGAAUUCUUCGACAUUGGGCUGAAGAGAGAUGCCAAUCACACAAUGAAAGGAUAUCUGAGAAAUCUCAUGAUUGUUAAUUCUCCUUUGAGCACUGAAGAGAUAUUUAAUAUGAGAGAUCCAAAUAACGAAGCCUUUGCUGGUGUUUGGAUCGGUCUAAAUGACGUAACCACAGAAGGAGAUUUUCAUUGGCCAGAUGGGAGUCACGUUACAUACGAAAAGUGGCACGCCAACGAGCCAAACAACACCUACAAAUACCAAGACUGCGUCCAAAUGCUUAUUAGUGACGGGACCUGGGACGAUACAAGCUGUGGAAAGCGUCUUCCAUUUCUUUGUGAAAAGAAACAUUGAAUUGUCUGCUAUUUUUAACUGCUUUAAGAAAGAAAGUACAUCGUUAAUUUAAAAUUAAAGCCGGGCUUUCCUGUUUUUCUGUAAAGCUUACAUACCAAAUAGUAAUUUUAAAUGCUUAACUCUUCUAAACACAAGUGCACAUACUUGUAAACAACGCACAAAUCUACUUUUUUUUAAUCAUUCUAGGCA